GCACUUUCAUUUGAAGUUAUUCAUCGUGUUCUGGAAAUGUUGAAAUUUUUCAACACAAGGGCUUGUCAGCUUCUUCUUAGUGUUGGUGCCUUGCAGUUAAUGGCGCAGGUGUAAUUUUAAGUGUAUGUGAUGAGGAAGUUGCUUGUUAUGAAACCGCUACUCUAUCUGCAGCUGUUGUUCCUGCUCUAUUACUUCCUCCUCCAACAACAGCCAUGGAUGAGCAUCUUGUUACAGGGCUUCCCGCUUUAGAGCCUUAUGCAAGGCUCUUCCAUAGGUACUAUGCUAUUGCUAGUCCAAGUGCUACUCGAAGACUUCUUCUUGGAUUAUUAGAAGCACCACCUUCAUGGGCUCCAGAUGCUCUUGAUGCUAUUGUUCAACUACUCGAGCUUCUUAGGGCAGCUGAAGAUUAUGCGUCUAGGAUGCGGGUGUUGGUGGACAUGAUUCUUCUACCAGAUUGGGUAUUUGAAAGUGCUGCUCAAGAACUGAGAGUUAUGGAACAAGAUGCCACUCCACAUCAUCCGAGAAUUUACUUAUCUGAUGCUCAGGCAGACAUCAAUGUCCUUCAAAACUAUGGAUGAUGACCAAGUCUUACUCUAUGCAGUCGAUGUGGCGAAGUUCAAUACCAUGGUGAGGUUGCAACACUUAAAGUUACCAUGAAGAUUUUCAAAGGAUAAAUUACUCAUGGGUUCCUUUUAACGUUUUACAUGUUUUGCUUUUCUAUAAUAAAUAUUUUGCAAUAUUAGCAAUGUAUUACAUUUACUUACUGUUGGAAUGAUAAUUUGUAUUUGAAAUAUUAGUAGAAUGAAAUAUCUUUCUUAUUUAUUGUA